AUGCCGCUCCGUGAGGACAGGACAGAGUGGAGGGAGACAGCAGAGGGAGGAAGACAGGGAAACAAUCUUACCACAGCGACGGCUAGGGGACAGAAGGGUGGGCAGAGCACGGCGCAGCGCGGCACGCUCACCCUCCAGGACUCUGACUGCGCCAGAGUAAGACCCCAGGUUAUAACCAGCAGCCCGCAACUACCCGCGGCCCCCACCCUGCAGUCUCGCUGCGGCCGCCCGCACCUCACCCCAGGCGGCUCUCGCCGGCCCGCAGCGCACCGGCCGCGGCCGCCCCCGCCAACCACGCCUCCAGGACGGCUGUUCCUCCUCCGUCGGGCGUUCCAAGACGUCACCCCGAGUGUCACCGUCACUCCCGCAAGCACCUCACAGUUCUGUAACUUUCGCGGCUAUGCCAGCUGCAGACUGAAAGCCUCGUUCUGCUCUGCGGCCUCGUUCUGCUCUGUGGCCAACCGAUUCCCAAAGCCAGAACUGCCCGAAGGCCCCGGGCCACCGAGCAGAGCCCGGCUUCCCAGAGCUGAAUCCAUCACCGGCCGCGGCGCUUCGCGCUCCCCCGGCCACGUCGGACCUGGGGCCCAGCGCCUCCUGCGCCCCGGGCGCCCGCGGAACCGCGACUCGGCUCGUUCUUCAUCCUUUCACUGUCUUUCCCUGGGAACACCAAGAGCUGUGCUCGUUCAUGGCAGUACUUUGCACAGCAAAAGAGACUGCAGGUGUGAGCAAGUGAAGGACCUUGAGAUGAAGAGUGUCCUGGAGUCCCUGGUUGGACCCAGUGUGACCCUGAGGCCUCUUGUAGGAGAAGUGGUCGAAGUGAUUUGUUUCCGCGGCGUAGUAAGCGCUGCAGAGGAGAGCGCGGGUUUGGGGGUGGACCUCACCCUUGCAGUGCGGAGUUCACUUCUAGCCGCCCACCAGGCAGGCAAAGCUGUUGGUGACGGUGACGGUCGAGGCGAACCGACCUCUGGAGUUGGACCACACGGCCAGAAGCCGCCCUGCCACCGCGCUCAGUCUGCGCCCAAGGGGAGAGAAAUCUAUGUUCGUCGAGGGCCAGCCCGGGCCGCAGAAGGCAAGCGGCCUCUCCCAUGUCCAGAAGCAGUUGCGGCACCAGACGUACCUCUGAGUACCCGAUUCUGGUGCCCACAGGAGAGGGGGAGCCCCCUACGAAGGUGGCCUGAGAGGGCGGCCUGGCCGAGCGCUGGGGUGUGCAGACGCCGCCAACAGCCUCCCGGUCCCAGCCAGGAUGCAGCCCGGCCGGGACGAGUGCUCUGCAGAGAUCCCGCUCCAGCUCCAGCUCCGCCGAGCCUCCCUGUUCAACGGCCGAUCGAGGGCUUCGCUCUGGCGCUCGAUCCCCGCAACUUUUCUCCCAGCGGAGGUUGCUCCGCCGGCGAGGUGACGCUGGCCCCCAGGAGCUCUCCAGGAAAAACGCAGGCGGGAGAAAGCGCGGACUUGGUCAGGGAACCGGAUCUCCUCGCCCUGCAGGGCGCGCUCGCCCCGGCGCGAGCACUCGAGCGCAUGCAGAGAUGCAUUCUGGCUUCUGCAGUUCUACAGCUUUCAGGAUCCAGAACUUCCUUCUUCCUCUCCCCUCCCGACGCUCGCGGCCUGCUCCCGCCUCCUCCCACCCCCUCCGUCCCCUCCACACCACACACGCGCGCACGCACACACACUUGUAUUUUGUGCUGUCGUAAAACCCACGUGUCCAACCCGGAGGCUGCCAGAGCGCAGCGGAGGAGCCGGGACGCGGCGGCUCCAAGCGCCGCAGCCACCGAGGCUCCGCGCGCCCAGUCCCUGCGCCCAGUCCCCUGCGCCCGCGCUCCCGCGUCCUGCGCUCGCGUCCCCAGAGGUCUGGGCCGCCGCUCCCCGAGACGCACCACCCUGCCGCCGGGGCAUGUAGCCGCCCGGACGCACCCUGCCCGCUCGCUCGCCAACACGCACACACACACGCACGCGCCAGCGCCUCGGAGUUUGCAG